AGGUUCACCAUCGUAAUUACAUCCAACCUCAAGCCCUUAUUCACUACCCCACCCACAGACACUGCAAAAACCUUCAUAUAUAUUCAUUCUUCAAUGUAUACGUAUAAUCGCAACAGCCUCCAGUUUUCAAAUCAAAUCGAGAAGAAGAAGAACACAUCAAAUCGAGAAUCUCGGAGGUUAUUAUUGUAGAUGGGGUCUACACCAGUAGAGUAUUUAAUAGAGUCUUCAACAAGGGCGCAUUUUUCUGGGUUCCACAUGGAUGGGAUGCAGGCAACGAAUUCGCAAGUGGGGCAGACAACAACUUCAGUGAAUGAAAAUGUGCAUAAGCAGCCUUUUAUCAUUGGGGUUGCUGGAGGUGCAGCUUCGGGAAAAACAACAGUUUGUGAUAUGAUUAUUGAGCAGCUUCAUGAUCAGCGUGUUGUACUUGUGAACCAGGACUCCUUCUAUCAUAAUUUGACUGCUGAAGAACUUACGAGAGUUCAUGAAUACAACUUCGAUCAUCCUGAUGCUUUUGAUAAUGAGAAAUUAUUAUCAGUCGUGGAGAUGUUGAAGCAUGGAAAAGCAGUGGAUAUCCCAAAAUAUGACUUCAGGAGUUACAAAAACAUAGUCUCUCGAAGGGUGAAUCCUUCAGAUGUCAUAAUUUUGGAAGGCAUACUAAUUUUUCACGAUCCUCGUGUACGUGAAAUGAUGAACAUGAAGAUCUUUGUUGAUACAGAUGCUGAUGUGCGUCUGGCAAGGAGAAUAAGGCGUGACACUGGCGAAAAGGGACGAGAUAUCAGUUUGGUACUUGAUCAGUAUUCCAAGUUCGUAAAACCUGCUUUUGAUGACUUCAUACUUCCAACAAAGAAGUAUGCUGACAUCAUCAUACCUCGCGGAGGAGACAAUCAUGUGGCGAUCGACUUAAUUGUCCAACAUAUUCGGACGAAGCUAGGUCAACAUGAUCUUUGUAAAAUAUAUCCUAAUUUAUACGUCAUUCACUCUACUUUUCAGAUACGUGGCAUGCAUACACUUAUACGUGAUGCUCAAACAACAAAACAUGAUUUUGUCUUUUACGCAGACCGACUAAUCCGGUUGGUCGUUGAGCAUGGUUUGGGACAUCUACCAUUUACCGAAAAGCAGGUGGUAACUCCAACCGAGUCGGUAUACACAGGAGUAGAUUUUUGUAAAAGAUUAUGUGGUGUUUCCAUUAUCCGGAGUGGUGAGAGUAUGGAAAAUGCAUUGCGAGCAUGUUGUAAGGGUAUAAAGAUUGGAAAGAUUCUUAUUCAUAGAGAAGGUGAUAACGGGCAACAGUUAAUAUAUGAAAAACUGCCACAAGACAUAUCCGACAGGCAUGUUUUGUUGUUGGAUCCUAUACUUGGAACAGGCAAUUCAGCGGUUCAGGCUAUUUCUUUGCUUCUAAAGAAAGGGGUACCAGAGGCCAAUAUCAUAUUCCUGAAUCUGAUCUCUGCACCGCAAGGAGUGCAUGUAGUGUGCAGACGGUUUCCAAGAAUAAAGAUAGUGACAUCAGAGAUAGAAACAGGGUUGAAUAAGGAGUUUCGUGUGCUUCCAGGGAUGGGAGAGUUUGGCGACCGAUAUUUUGGGACAGACGAUGAAUGAAUGAAGAUGUCCGAACUCCAGCCCGAGUCAUUUUGGGAUCAUAGAAAGAUGGUUGUUUGUGGAUUUUAUGUUUGGGUUCGGGUUUGAGAUGGUUUUGGGUACCGCUGAGACUUGUUCCUUGUGUUUUAUUAUGGACUUGGUUGAGUUGGACUGAUAUACACAUUAUACAUGGCAUUCUAACAGGCUAUAUGAUCAUUAACUUAUGCUCAUGGGUGACAA